GCUCCAGCUCCCGCAGUGGAACGAUGCCUCUGGAAGUGGUGGUGGAACUACAGAUCCGGGCGAUUUCUUGCCCAGGGGUAUUCCUUCCUGACAAACAAGAUGUGUACCUUGGGGUGUACCUCCUAAAUCAGUACCUGGAGACGGACUGCUUUCCCUCUGUGUUCCCUAUUAUGAUUCAGCAGAGCAUGAGGUUUGAAAAGGUAUUUGAAAAUGCAAUAGAUCCUGGGGCUGUAGCAGACAUUUUAGAAAGCUUCCUAACCAGGUUUGAAUUGAUACAGCUAGUACCUCCAGUGUGGGAGGAGUUGGCCUGCUAUGAAGAAAACACACGGGAUUUCCUUUUCCCUGAACCCAAGCUGACACCUUCGCUCCCUGGGAUGUGCCGGGAGGUGCUCAUGAAGACGAUCGCGGGGUUUCCAGGCAUUGCUCCCAAAAUAGAGUUUUCUACAAGGACAGCCAUCAGAGAACGUGUGUUUCUGCAAAGAAACAGAUUUCCUGAAGAAAGAUAUAAUAACUCAGGAAGGCCUUUAUCUGCAACAGAUGGACCCAAACUCCCCUUAAAUAAUACGAAGAGGAAGCCAAAGGACAGUAAUCUCAACAGACUGCCCCAAAGCGUGCAAACCCACGUUCCCUCUCCUGUGUCCGCCCGACGCUGCUUUCACGGCCAGCCUGCUCAGCUGAACCUUGGAAACAACAUCAGGCUCUCCAGGGGAAGCAAACCUCCAUUUGUAGUGAGACACGUGGACAGUGCAAAGCCUUUUGGCGAGAAUAUUUCAGAGUAUCAGUCCCGAAAGUCGAGAAGAAAACUUAAGUUUUCCAACCUGCCUUUUCCGGGGAGAAGAGCUGCUUCUCUUGACAGCCUUGCCGCUAACGUAAAGGUUAUCAAAGAGCCAGAUGAACGGAUUGUUUUAAGGAAAGAAUCAUUGUCACCUUUCGAUUCAAGUAAGUUCGGAAAACCCUCGCCCAGUUACAGUAACCAAGGGGAUGCUGAUUUCCUCGGGGAAGCUUCGUUUGCCACCUCCCAGCAUUCCAGAUCCGCCAGCCCUCUUCUGGAUGAGCCCCUUCUCUGCGAUGAAAGGUUCCACCCUUGCUCUCAGUCCUCCUGGAGGAAGAUCCAUGAAAGGGUGUGCAGUCUCCUGACAUCCCACAGAGCUCAGCAAAACCUGCACAAGGAAUAUUCUGUCUCUGGAGCAAAGUAUAUCAUCGAAAGACCAAGCUACCUGGUGAAGGGAUACCCAGUGCAUGAACAGAGAUAUUUUUAAGCUGCUGUCUUUUCGUGUGAAACUUCCAGCUGCACAAGGGAACCUGAAGGAGAGCGGGAGGAGCGUCGUAGACAAUUCACUCAGGGAGCCAACUGACACGUCCUCAGAGAAAGGAACAACAGCUUUUGUUACGAAUCACCAGUGUCUCACCCCUUUCAAAUCAAACCCUGUACUCAGUCUUUUGUGCCCAG